AUGUCAGGAAACAACAAUAGGCAAUAUUCUAACCGCCAGGGCUCAAACCAGAGCCCCGCAAGCCAACAGGCCCGGAGCCCCACAGUCACCAAUACAGGCCAGCGCUGGGGGGAUAGGGCCAACCGCUCCCGUUCCCCUCCCGUUCCCCUCUCGGCUACCAGUAGGCUGAUGUACGAACGUCCGCCACCCACCAUGGGCGUAGUUCGACGUUCACCGGAUCCCCUACGUGUCCCGAGCCAUUACUUUGAACCCGGUGGCGCGGCGGCCCAGACAACGGGCAGUACGACCUCGAGCACUUCGAGUGCGGCGUCUACGCCAGCUCCACGACGGGAGAGUCGUGGUGUGCUGGAGAGGGAGACUUCGAAGUUGUCGGGUCGAAGGGAGAGUGGGAAUGUGCUUCGUCAGGCGUUCGAUAAGUUUGGUAAGGGAGGCAAGGAAGAUAGAGGGAAGGGAAAGGACUCGGCAAAGUAA